AUGGUUAAGGGGUACGAUGAUGCUGCUUGGGAAGCAAGCACCGAGCUGCGGAAAAAUUGGCCAAAAGUUUUUCGAACUGAUCCUACAAUCUACAAUGACAUUGGACAAAUACUUGACAAAGAGUUCAGUCAUCUGAAUUGUUCACACUUCGAGUGCCUCGGUGCAGGUGGUUUCAAUAUCUGUUUUAGAAUGAACUACACCAACGAUUCCGCCGCUAUCAUACGGUUCCCAAUGCCCGGAGGCGUUAUGUUCCCGCAAGAGAAAGUCCGCAAUGAAUUCUCUGUCAUGCAGUUCCUCUUAGAAAAACCAACAGGCACCGAUUGA